AUGGCGCGCGCGAUUCAGCCCGGGUCGACAGCAUAUGUGUCCAGCGUCGCCACCUCAGCGUCAGAUGGACAGGAGUAUACGCAAGACGAAGGCAGGGGUGUCAUUUCUCGCGUUUUCCCGCCGCUUCCCAUGUGCAUGGCUGUUGUUUGCUGCGUGUUAAACUUCCUGCUACCCGGUCUAGGGUCGAUGUUAGCAAGCGUCUGUGGGUUCUGUCUUGCGCCGCCUAAUGACAUGACGCGCAAUGACAAGUUCCGGGCGUGCUGCGAGGGCUGCUCCAUCGGACUCCUGCAGUUUAUGCUGGUUCCAAUAUUCUUCGUCGGCUGGUUCCUGAGCUGCAUGGCUGGGCUGGGAUUCAUCCAGGACUCGCAUAAUUUCUACAAAAUGCUGACCCAAGGUCCUGAAGCAACGGGGCAUGUUUCGGAAAGAUCUGAAAUGACCGAUCCCGAUAAUCGGAUACGAAGCAGGGGCGCCGCUCUACAUCUCGCAAACGCUCGCGUCGUUUCCGUUCAACCGGCCGCCUCGAUGGUGCAGCUGUUGCGACUUCCGUCUUACAGCGAGCGUAGCGCGACACCACCUCCAUACAGCGAGGACACCACCACAGGGGCAUCAAAGUAUGUGACUCUCAUUCAUCGUUCCUCCAACGCUGCUUAA